AUGACAACAGCCGAUUCGAACAAUACGACGUCAAUCAAAGAAAAAUUUGAGCGUGAAAUUUAUCUAUUAGAUUAUAUACCGCGUAUAUUAGAAAUGGAUGUUACGGGUGUUUAUAUGAACAAGAACGGACCUUAUCCCGACGAAGUCGAAGCAUUAGAACACAAGAAUUGGUCAAAACACAAAGUUUCAACGCUUAAACUAAGAGCGAGUAGUUAUGGCGAUUGGGAGUUCAGUAUUGAAAUGAUAAACACGAAACAUUUCGAAAGUCGAGAAGAACUAGAUGAUUUGUAUGUUAAAGAAUAUGAACGAAUUACUUCGAGUCGAUGCAUAAAGGUUGAUAUAAUUUCUAUCCAAAAAGCGGUUAAAUUAUUUCAUAUUGAUUUUUCAUGCAAUAUGGAUUGGUAUUUAAAUAAUCAAAAUGCAAUUGAAGAAAAUUUAAAUCGUCGCGUUCUACCAAGACAAUGA